UUCAGUUCGGUCCUGUUUUGGUUCAGUGUUGAAGCCCCAGCGUGGCGUUGCCUGUUACUUACUCAGACUCUGAGAAAUCUGACCAAAUCAAGUCCUGCUGCCGCUGCGCAUGGAUCUAGAUAUAUAUUGGGUGUUUUAUACCCUCAGGACCGUCUGCCAGGUGCACAGCCUUGACAAGUCGCAGUACCGUUACAAUAGUAAACAUGAAGCCUGAGAGGGAGGGCAUCGUUUUUCAGGCUCUUCUCUUGAUCCACAUCCCUGUGGCCUGCCUCUUCACUGCAGUGUCUGGUCAGUCUGACAGCAGCAGCAGUGUGGUGGUGGCAGGGUAUAAUGUGAGCGCCCCCGCUGGGUCGAGGGUGGUGCUGCAGUGUGUGAGCGGCCGCAUGGUGUGGACCAGGGACAGGUUGAGGGACAGGCAGAGGGUGGUCCACUGGGACAUGUACCGGGCACAUCCAGACUAUGCCAUGGAGAGGGUGCUGGACAUGUUCUCCGCAGGAGACCAGAGGAUCUACAACUCUUACAACCAGGGCAGGGUUGGCCUCACUCCAAGAGCCUUCAGGGAUGGAAACUUCUCUCUGGUCAUCAAAGACGUGACGAUGAAUGACAGAGGUCUGUACUCCUGUAACCUCCACCAUCUUUACUGCAACCUGUACGAGACAGUCAGAGUACAGCUCAACGUCACUAAGUCACGUCGUAAACAGCAGCGCUUCUGGGACGGACAUAAGGCGGUGUACGUGGUGCUGCUUGGUAGUACUGUGGCGCUGCCGUGCAUCAACCGGCGUAACGUGUGGACGGACUGGAGCAACGAGGAGGAGGACCAGCAGGUGGUCCACUGGGACCGUCAGACCCAAGGAGUCCACCACAACCGCGCUGACCGUCUGGUGGACCUAUACGCCUCUGGAGAGCAGCGAAGCUACGGAACGCUGUUCCUCCAGAGGAAGAUGAACAUCAGCAAUCAAGCCUUCUCAGACGGAGACUUUUCUCUUUCCAUAUCUGAUCUGCAGUACACAGACCAGGGGAUGUAUUCCUGCCACCUCCACCACCAUUACUGUGGUCUACAUGAGAGGAGAGAGUUUCAGGUCACAGUGGAAGCACCAGUGAUUCAGACCACACUGCCAGCCAAAACACUGCCCAGUGAAGACAAAGAUACCAGUAAGGCUGAAUCACCGCGAGUCAUCAAUGUUAUUCUGCCCGACCAGAGGCACCACUUCCUCAUGCCACUGGGCUACGUCCUCACCUCCUUCCUGCUCCUGGCAUUCAUUAUCCUCAUCAUCAUCCUCAUCACACGCAGACGGAGAACCAAAGAGUUUAACCCACAGUCAUCGAUGAGGUCCAGCAGAAGUCACAGCAGCUCGGAAGAGUUUGAGAUGGACGUUACUGAAGUGAGCGCGUGCAGUCGGGAGGAGAGAAGACUUGACUACAAGAACAACCUGCUGAAAGAGAAGGCCCACAUGAGCCCUCAGCCUAAAGUCAUUGAUCUUGACAAAGAGAUGCAGAAAUUUUCUAAGUGAGGAAAAGUGAAACUGGAGUCACUGGCUGGUCCAGAGGCUGCACAUACUCAACACCUCAACACAGGAGAGACAGCAAGAGAUAAAAAUUGUUGUACAAAUUCAGAAAACCAGUAAAUACAGCUCACACUGAGGCAUUGUGUUUUCAAAUUGUCCGUAUUAGUAACAAAGAAAAGCUGAUUUUGUAUUAAUUGUACAAAAAAAACUGGACUUGGACCACUGUGCACAGCACAAUAGCGCCACCCAGAGGGAAAUCUAAACCGAGCCUUGACUGUUGGAUGAAAGAGCAAGUGUGCAUACAUUGAAUUAAUUUGUGAUUGAGUGAAAAUGAAUUAUGGGUUAUUACAGCUUUGGUCAUUAUUCCUCAAGUUAAAAAAAAUAUUUUCAUUUCUUUCUUAUUCACCAAUCCAUCUUGGAUUAACUGACUGGAAUGAGGCACCACUGAGAGGCUACUACCAGUGUGUACUACUUCCUGUAGGCUUUGAUUAACUGUAUGCUAACUGACCAAUGAAGCAGUGUAUGUAAAAAUGUAUCAUUUUGAUGUGUUAAAAUUCAAUGUUUGACGCUGAUGUUUAGCUGAAGUUGGUUAUUCAUGAUUUGUUUGAGGAGAUAACGUUGUCUAUUUGUAUUCAAAUGAAUGUUUUUAUACCUGUGCUUUUCCUACCGGGACAUGUCAAAAGUAGGCCAAUAUCGACAUAGUGGUUGCCAAACUAUUUUUCAUUCCUUCAUUCAAACAGCCCUGGUUGUGGUGUCAAGUACACACUUAUGCACACACUUUGCUGCUGACAUCUGCGCUUUUUGAAUGUUUUGUGUCGAGUCUGCACCUACUGGUCGCACUGAUGAGUGUAUAAAUAAAUUAAAAUAGGUUUCAGCAUAGCUAUUCUUAAUUUAAAUGUAUUCAUCUUAACAGACAGUCACACCUAAUUACAUAUACGUACAUAGUUCAUUUAUUCAUUCCUUUGUGUCACAAACAAAGUCCCUGAAUUCAAGACAAAUGGCCUUUUAUACACUUUGUGAAGUUUGUUUUGUGUCCUUUUUCUACAAAAUAAAAUGGUACUGUAAUAUACUUUCAAUUUAAAAAUGGUAGAAAACCCUGGUCUGUCUAGCACUGUUGGACAACUGUAUCAAAGGAAGCAGCUCUCAAAUCAGUGCACAUCCUCACACACACACAUUUACAAACUCACCUGCAAUCUGAAGCCAGUACGAGAAAAAGAGUUCCAACAUUCACAGAGUUUCAAGGCAUAGUUAAUCCCCCUCUGUCUGACACAAACACACAUCCAGUCAAAUAGACAGAGGAAGAGGAAAUUCAUACAUUAAGUAAACAUAGGAUCAGAGGACAUUUUGGGCCACCCUGUGUGUUUACAAUUUGAAAACG